AUGACGAGCACAGAGGGAUUGUAUAUCAGACACUCGGACAUGCAGCCCGGCUUUUAUCAAGCCAAUGGCUUUUGGAUGCUGCCGGCUUUAUUCCUCCUAAUCUGCAUCAGCGUAUUCGCCGUCAUACGGAUCUGGACAUAUUUAUAUGAAUAUUAUAUGAACAAAAGAAGUCGUCGAACGCGCAAUCCUGCUGAAAGAUGGUCCCUCCAUUCGCCGUCGCCAAACAUUUAA